AUGCCUGUUAUUACCCGAUCGGCUGCCCGGGCCAGUAAAAUGGAUGCUAAGACAACUAUAACAAACCACACUUCAAAGCAACAGAAUAACUUGCAGGCUAACAACAGCACCACCACAAAGCCAAAAAGCAAAGAUCCAUUUCCAAUGGAACAACCACGCAGAUUAGUAGAAUGGAUAUCGCUCAAAGAUCCGCCCAGUGGUGUCAUCCCAAAUGGAGAUAACCUUUUUGCCAUCCUCCAAGACAUAUGCAAACUCCAAGCAUGCAUAUUUAUCGCCCGAGGCCGUCCACGUGAACUAAGCGGAAUCGAGUGGUUAAUAAUCGAGUGGAGAAGCAGCAGACACAGGGAAGAGUUUCUUACCUCAGAGCUUUUCCUCAAAUUGAAUGAAGCCCUUUCACAUCGCUCAUGGAGCCAAGAGUUUGCCUGGCCGAGGGGUGGGAAGAUCAUAUCCGCAAAUCCUAUUUUCCCUCCACAGAGGCUUUAUGAGGUCUUGACAAUCUAUUUCCCUGCAGACUUAGAUCAGGAAGCUAUCUCCUCUAUUGAAGCGUUUAGAGGGCUACCCUACUGGCAUUUUGAGGAUGAUGAAGGCCCAGCUGAAAAUCCCUGGGCGGCUUUCAAGUCUCAGCUUCGUGCAUGGAUAGAGGGGACUUGUGAGUACCAGGGACAAACUGCAAGGAGAUUGGCUUUUUUCAUUGCGUUCACUGAUGAGGCAGGAGAACGACUCUAUAAAGAAAAGGCAAUAAAUAAAGUACCCGGAAGGCCGACGGGGGACGUCAUGGUGAACUUCUUUAACGAGCUGGAAGAUCUUGGGAUGAUCGGGUACGAGUCGCUACAUGUUAAAUUCUUGGAGGUCGUUCACUAUGCACCAGAGGACUAUGUACCACAACCUCCCCGACCUAUAUCUCCUGAAACAAUGAAGCGUUUGGAUGAAGAUCGUCGGCGAGCCUACGAGGACGACGACUCAGAUGGAUCAUUAUAG